GGCGAACAUAAACCCCGACGUGGUGAAUAAAACUAUGGAUAUAAAUCCCCUGAUGACGAAUAUAAAUCUCCAUAUGGCGAAUAUAACAAAGGAUACAAAUCCUCCGAUGGCGAAUAUAGCAAAGGAUACAAAUCCUCCGAUGGCGAAUAUAACAAAGGAUACAAAUCCUUCGAUGGCGAAUAUAACAAAGGAUAUAAAUCCUCCGAUGGCGAAUAUAGCAAAGGAUAUAAAUUCUCCGAUGGCGAAUAUAACAAAGGAUACAAAUCCUUCGAUGGCGAAUAUAACAAAGGAUAUAAAUCCUCGGAUGGUGAAUAUAACUAUGGAUAUAAAUCCCCUGGUGAUGAAUACAAAUCUUCAUACGACGAACAUAACAAAGGAUAUAAAUCUUCCGAUGGCGAAUAUAAACUACCAGGUGGAGGCCAUGAUUAAAUGACUUGCCAAUCCUCACAAUAAAGCAUCAUGUACUAUUAUAAAACACUUGUGCACGUACGUAGUGGCAAGAUUAAUACUUUGUAAUAGUCUUGGUACUUUAGGCCUUGUUGUAAUAAGUAUGAAUAAAACACCAUGCAGUUCAUGUGGAUGGUUGGUCAUGUAAUAUCUUACUGUACAAUAUAUUGCGAUAUGAAUAAUAUAUUUUCAUAACUUACG